UACAUAUAUCCGAGGUUUACUGUAUAUAUAUAUAUAUAUAUAUAUAUAUAACUGCCGUGUGUGGGACUUCCUUACGAUUCUGUACUCCUGUCUACUCUCUUCAGUGCUCUCCAUGUCCCACUUCUUCUUAGCUAACCUUUUUUGUUACAAGUGACAUGAGCAAUAACAAUAACGUUGUAUCUAAUCUAAUAAGCGGCUUAGAAAACAGGAUGGGAUGUUGACCAUGUUGACUAUCCUUGUAUUGUGCUAUCAUUCCGGAUCUGUUUACCAUGAUGUCAUCAAUGAAAAUAUAUCACAUGACUAACGGAGAGCGUACAGUCCAUCAACUGUGCUUACAGCGCCAAAAUCUCAACGUGUUCCAAAAGAUCUGUUAGCCACAGCAGAUUUUUACACUUCACUGAUUUCAAAAGGAGUGGGAUUUAUUGUGUGUGUGUGUGUGUGUGUGUGUGUGUGUGUGGGAGAGAGAGAGAGCGAUGUUGUGUGUGUGAGCUGAUGAAAGCAGGAAAUCCUCUGGAUGCUUCAGUGUGUUUUGUCACCGGUGACAGUGGUGCACAUCCAACCUGUCCAGAAGAUUGUGGAGCUUUCUUGUGUUUUGGAGCAUUCUCCAGCAGAGCCCAAUGAAGGACAAACAGCAGCUGGCGAAAAUGAACGGAAACUCAAGACGGGAGUAGUCUUUACAGUGGAUAAGUGGAUAUCAAACGCCGUUUCGCCGAGUUCAGGGUCCGAGUUAGGAUGCUGUGAUUCACCACCCGUGGACGUCCGACUCAGGCUCCUGGCCAAACAUGAUGAAGGUGGUGCGUUUGCAAGUGUUAGCGCUCGUGCUGUGCGUGUCAGCCAUCGAGGACUUUGACUGGACCAAGAAUGACAAAACGCCUUUCCACUAUGGGACCUUCCCAACAGGUUUUUCCUGGGGGGCUGGCAGUUCUGCUUAUCAGACGGAAGGAGCGUGGAAUGUGGACGGUAAAGGCAUGAGCAUUUGGGAUGCAUUUACCCAUAAAAAGGGGAAUAUAUUCCAGAAUGAAACCGGCGACUCCUCUUGUGACGGCUUCUACAAAUUCAAGGAUGAUAUUAACUUGAUGAAGGAGAUGAAGUUGAAUCAUUAUCGUUUCUCCUUAUCCUGGCCACGAAUUUUGCCAAGUGGACUGAAAGGUGAAUACAUCAAUGAAAAAGGAAUCAAAUAUUACAGUGAUCUUAUCAACAUGCUGCUGGACAAGAAGAUCACCCCCGUCGUUACUUUGUAUCACUGGGAUUUACCACAGGUCUUACAGGAGAAAUAUGGCGGCUGGCAGAAUGUCAGCAUGGUCAACCACUUCAAUGACUUUGCCAACUUGUGCUUCGAACGGUUUGGGAACCGAGUGAAGUAUUGGAUUACUUUCAGCAAUCCCUGGUCCAUUGCUGUGGAGGGAUAUGAAACUGGUAAACACGCACCGGGUUUGAGGCUGAAAGGAACAGGAGCUUAUACGGCUGCGCAUAACAUCAUAAAGGCUCAUGCCAAGGUUUGGCACACAUACGACAUCCAAUGGAGGAAGAAGCAGAACGGUCUGGUCGGGAUCUCCCUGACGGCUGACUGGGGUGAACCAGUGGACAUCAGCAACCAGAGAGACAUUGAAGCAGCCGACCGAUACAUCCAGUUUUAUUUGGGAUGGUUUGCCACACCCAUCUUCAAUGGAGACUACCCUCAGGUUAUGAAGGAUUACAUUGGCAAAAAAAGUGGCCAGCAGGGCCUCGGAGCUUCCCGGCUGCCUGUCUUCUCCGUGGAGGAGAAGACUUACAUCAAGGGUACCUGUGACUUCCUCGGCCUCGGACACUUCACGACCCGAUACGUCACUCAGAAAAAUUACCCGUCGAGCGUCGGGGACAGCUACUUUGCAGAUCGGGACCUUGCCGAGCUGGUCGACCCACGGUGGCCCGACCCUGGUUCCGAAUGGCUUUAUUCUGUGCCCUGGGGAUUCAGACGCUUGCUGAACUUUGUCAAGACUCAGUAUGCAAACCCAAUGAUCUACGUGACGGAAAACGGCGUAUCAGAGAAGAUACUGUGCACUGACCUCUGUGACGACUGGAGGAUGCAGUACUUCAAAGACUACACCAAUGAGCUCCUUAAAGCUAUACAGGAUGGUGUCAACGUGAAGGGCUACACCGCCUGGUCUCUCCUGGAUAACUUUGAGUGGGAUGAAGGCUACUCGGAGAGAUUUGGACUAUACUACGUGGACUUCAGGAGCAAAAAUAAACCGCGCUACCCAAAGGCGUCGGUUCAGUACUAUAAACACAUCAUAAGCUCCAAUGGCUUUCCGAAUCAGAGAGAGGUGGAAAGUUGGACGAGGACAGCCAGAGAGACGUGUUCCUCCAGUAACCAGCUCCUAGCAGCAGCUAGAAGAAAAUCCCAGGGGGGUCAGGAACAUUCAGGAAUGCAAAAGACUUGGCCAGUUCAUGAUGAAGUUUAGAUCCGCUGAUAGGCCACAUGGAGAUGGUCACAGAGAUUGUAGUUCCCACCGUGUGCACCCUGUGCAUCCUCCUGGGUGCGGUGUUCCUCAUGUUCCUGCUGCGGAGACGCUUCUGAGACUUAGACGCUGAGCCGUUCUCUUUUCACUCAACCUAUAUCUCCUCGUAGAAAAUAAAUCUGACAAGAAUCCUGUCAACACAAGGUGUCACCUACCUUGCAUGGUACGCAAGAAUGGGCUGAAGUUAUCACGUGGGUCUUGUGUGAUCUUGGAGAUGCUAACAUUUCAAAGUGUUGACAAGUAAAGAGAUACUCCGUUGUUGACUAUUUGGAAACUAUAAAACAUUAACACUGUGGAGUGUCGUGUUCUCUGUGUUGUUAAGCCAACCAAAAGCACUUUAGCUUAUUUACUAAAAUAUCACUGUGAAAUUAGGAGACGUUUAAAUACUAUAUAUUGUGCGGCGUACCACUGGGGUCAAUACUGGGACCAAAAUUGUUCAUCAUUUAGAAGAAAUUGCAUCGCUAAAAGAUGAUCAUAAAAGACUUAAAGCUAGUACCAUUUGCAGACAA